AUUCAGUUUUUCCAGCAUAUGGGUCCUGCGGUGGAUGGUUUCUCUGGUGCCUGGCUCCUACAGUACAUGACGGCCAUCACACUCAAGUGGUCAGCAGCUUUCCUGGGCACUUGUACAGCAGAAUGCCACCAAUAAGGCAUUUACCCAUGCAUGGCUUCCUUGACACCCUUUCCAGUUAGCCAUGGCCAUGUCCUCUAAAAUAAAAUCUGGAUCUUGCCCUAGGGAUAUUGGUUGUUCACUAUAUCUGUGACUCCCCUUUUCUGUCUCUUGGUUGGACCCUGACUAAUACAGAAUCUAAAGUGCCUUCCACUCUGUGUUCAGAUGAUCCAAUCAGCACAAUGUCACCAAUGCAGGGGACCACUGUGAUGUUUGGUGCCAUGAUUGUGACCUCUGCACACUAUAUGCUGUCACAAAUGUUCUCUAUAGGUAUCACACUAUCGACUUUCUUGCAAGUGGGAGAAUUGACAAAGCCCUGAUGAGAGACCGUAAAGGUAUACUGUUGGAUCUGUCAGAUAAAGGCAAAUGAAACCUAUGUUCCUUACAAGAUGGUAUGGACAAAAGGGCGUUGGCUGGGGCCUUGGCUCCAUACCAAGUGCCAGGAGCUGUGUUUGUGGGCUCCAAGAAAGAAUGACAGCUGGGGGAGCAGCUGCGGUUGGAGUCACUGCAUGAAUAAGUUUAGAAUCAUUCAUAGUCAUCCUCCAAGAUCCAUCUGACUUCUGCACAAUCCAAGCUGAUGUUUACCAAGAGCCAUGUGUUCAUUUAUCCAAAGGGAUGAGACUACGCACCUCUGUCACUUGGAGGAUUUGUGACAACUUACGGCAAAAGCAUGUGCAAUGAAGUCAAAGUAAAAGAUGCACAGAAGUGGACACACAACCGGAAGAUAGAAGAUAAAAGGGAGGAAGAUAAGAAAGCAGCAUGUUUCCCAAAGGAGCCAACAACAUGCCACACUCCAGGCAGGGGAUGAUUUUUGAGAAACUGAGAAUCUGUUCUAUGCCCCAAUUUGUCCGUUUCAUGCAUGAUCUGAGGCCACUGAAGGAGGAUCCGGAUGUCGUGGUCACAGACCUCCGCUACGGGACAAUCCCUGUGAAGCUGUACCAGCCCAAAGUGUUUUCCUGCAUCCCCAGGCCUGGCAUCGUGUUCUACCACGGCGGCGGGGGGGUCCUGGGGAGCCUGAAAACCCAUCAUGUCAUAUGCUGUCAUCUGUCCAAGAAGAGUGGCUCAGUGGUCCUAUCAGUUGGAUACCGCCGCCUGCCUCAGCAUAAAUUCCCGGUGGCGGCACGAGACUGUAUUGCAGCCACCAUCCACUUCUUGAAGUCCCUGAAUGUGUAUGGGGUGGAUCCAGAUCGGGUCGUGGUCUGCGGUGACAGUGUGGGAGGGGGAGUGGCCACGAUAGUUUGUCAAAAACUUUUGGACUGUCCAGAUCUCCCCAAGAUCCGUGCUCAGAUCCUGGUCUAUGCCAUCCUCCAAGCUGUGGAUUUUCAAUCCCCUUCCUACCAGCAGAACAGGAAUAUCCCACUGCUCAAUUGGAAUUUUGCCUUCUACUGUUGGAGUUGUUACCUGGACAUCAACCCCUCCUGGAAAAGCACCAUCAUGAAAGGUGCCCAUUUGCCUGCUGAAGUCUGGGAAAAGUACAGAAAGUGGUUGGGUGCAGAAAACAUCCCGGAGAGGUUUAAGAAGAAAAGCUACCGGCCGAUGCCCCGUGAGCCCCUAAACGAGGCUGCCUACCUGGAGACAAACCUCGCUCUGGAUUUGAUGAACUCACCCCUGAUCGCAGAAGAUGAAGUCAUGUCUCAGCUCCCCGAGGCUUGCAUUGUGAGCUGUGAGUAUGACCUUCUCCGGGACCAUUCACUGUUGUUCAAGAAGCGGUUGGAGGACUUGGGAGUCCCGGUGACAUGGCACCACAUGGAGGACGGUUUCCACGGAGUGCUUAGCACCUUUGAUAUGGGCUACUUGCAAUUCCCCUGCUCCACGAGGAUUCUAAAUGCCGUGGUCCAUUUUCUAAAUAAGUUGUGACCGUCUUUCCUUCCUGUUAGAGCUGCGGAAGUGUGCGUUCAGCCACGAUCUGGUUCCCCAAUGAGACUCUUUGUUGUGAUGUAGGCGAGGCUGAGUGGGGCUGGGGAGGGUGUCGAGGUUGCCAUGUUCUUCUUGCUUCAGCUUCUAGAACUGCAGAAUGAGUGUUUCUGAUGUCUCAAGGGAGAGCAGUAGGAGAGACAGGUUUGGGGGGUGGGUGGGACUCUGUUCAUGUUUGUGGUCAGGAAAACUUGAGCUGCAGUGGCCAUUGGAGAGAGUGAAUGAUCACGUAAGGGUUGCCUGUGGCUUUCCUGAGGGAGAGUUCAGGCUGAUGUAGGCUGUAGGUAGCACUUGGCUAGCCUUGGAAUGAAACGGGCAUCAGGUGCAAUCCCAUGGGCUUUUUUCAGCCUAGCUCAGAGGAUGGGGCUCUGAUGUUCUAGACUGCUGAAUGGAGGUGGGAAACUGGUGUCACUCUCCCCCUGUGGGUACACGGUAACAUUUCUCCUGCUGUUCCUCUGCCUCUGCGCUCAGAGUUUUGACUGUCUGGGCUUGAAGAGUUAGGACAGAAUGGAUAGGUUUUCCAUAGUGGUUGGCACCUAGAGGCUGAUGAAGAUAGCCAAGAGCCAUCUGGCCAGGGAGCUCUGGAUCUCCUGGAGUCAAAGGAGCCAAAGGGCUGAAGAUGUAUUAGCAAAAACGAUUUCUGUCUGAAGACACACAACCAACUCAAAUUGGCCUAAAUCAGAGAAAGAAUGUAUUGGUUGAUGUAGCUAUGAAUUCCAAGGAUAAAUCAGGUAUGGUUUGAUCUAGGAACUCAGACGAUGCCACCAGCUGCCUUCUCUUCUCUGCAUUUACUUCACCUUCACCUCUGCAUAUGGGUGGCCCUGAGCAGCUCCAUACUUACAUUCUCUAGAGUCAAGUCCGUCCUUAUAGAUUUGCCUCAUUCUCAGCCAUGCCAGAAGAAACCACAUUGUAACUCAAUAGCUCUGUGGGCAUUUUGGGUGGUGUGUCCAGGUGCCACAACUAAGGGAAUGGAAUGUUCUGACUGGCCAGGCCUAAGUCCCAUAUUGGCCUUGGAGUGAAGGAUGGGAUCAACUCCACCCAGUGCUUGGACUGAGCAUGAGGGAAGGAGAGAGUAUUUUCCUCACAUCAACACUCACUCUUCUACAGUAGACAUCAAUGCUUACUCUACUGAGUGGACAUCAGUGCCAACUCUGCUGGGUGGACAUCAAUGCUUACUCUACCACAGAAGCUAAAUGAACUCUGAAUCAGAGUCCUUGGAUGUGACAAGGGAUGUCAAGGACCACUCAACAAGUUGGCCACUUGUCCGUGAGGAAUAAAAAUUCCAAUGAAGGGGCGCCUGGGUGGCUCCGUCGGUUGGGUGUCCGACUUCAGCUCAGGUCAUGAUCUCGCGGUUCGUGAGUUUGAGCCCCGCAUCGGGCUCUGUGAGCCUGCUUCAGAUUCUGUGUCUCCCUCUCUCUCUGCCCCUCCCCCGCUCACACUCUGUCUCUGUUUCUCUCAAAAAUAAAUAAAUGUUUAAAAAAAUUCCAAUGAAAAGGAUGGCCCAGGUUCCCAGGCUGGCCCUACCUGGUCUUCAGGUUGGCUAGCAGCUUUUAUAGGCCAAGAUCCAAGUCUACUGCAUGGAGACCCCUGUGCAUGACCUUAACUGGCUUUCAGUUGAAUGCUCGUGCUGAAACAUGGGGCAGAGAGGAAUCCCAUCUGGUGGCUCCUCAAUCCAUUCACAGCAGGAGACCAGCAGGUGUCUUUGUUGGAGAAUUAGGAACCACUCACUGAAAGCGCCUCGUCUGGUGGCCCCUCAGCUGUUGGGCAGCACUGGGAUCUGAGGAGCAUGGUCCCUUCUAGAAUAGGUCUCUGAGCUGAGUCUGGGUAGGCUCCUCUCCUGGAAUGUGGCCUUCAUUGUUUUAUGCUGCCUCUGACUGAGCUGGCCUUCUGGGGAGUUGGGUGGUUAGCUCUCCUACUGUGGGAUGGCAGGGGGUGUGUGAACCAGUGGAGGACCAUACCCAAGGGAGAUGAGUCAGUUACGUUUUGGGGGCUGGAAGAACCUCUGGCUUUGAAUUUCCACUGCCCUGUGAUAAGAAAGCAGUUGCUUCGAGCUGCUACCCUGGCAUUUUCCAGCACAACAGCCCUGCUCACACCCACAGGCUAGACAUUCAGAUAAGAACCUGGAGCUUAGGAUUCUUGCUGUAAGUUCCCACUCUACUUUUCCCAGGCCACCUUUAAAAAUAGCCAUGUACUGGGGCGCCUGGGUGGCACAGUCGGUUAAGCGUCCAACUUCAGCCAGGUCACGAUCUCGCGGUCCGUGAGUUCGAGCCCCGCGUCAGGCUCUGGGCUG